AUGCGCCUUUUGAAGAGCGUCCCGGACGGCGGCUUUGGACUAACCUCUUUUGACGAUGACUCCAUCCCUCCGUACGCCAUCCUCUCGUACACCUGUAUAGAGGGCCAGGAAGAUGGAUAUACCAAGAUCCGCUUCUGUGGCGACCGCGCUGCAGCAGAUGGCCUUGAAUACUUCUGGUAUAAGUGCGCGACUAAGUGCUAUGUAUACUUAUCUAAUAUUUCCAUACCAGAUGAAGAAAAAUCUUUUCAGCGUAGCCGGUGGUUCACGCGAGGCUGGACACUGCAAGAGCUGCUCGCACCACCUAGCCUCGAGUUCUUCUCACAGAAUAGUAGGUGCCUAGGCACCAGAGUCUCACUGGAGCUGGAAAUACAAGAUGUCACCGGCAUUCCUGUAAAGGCGCUACGUGAUCCAAAGCUCUCCAACUUUAGCGUAGACGAGCGAUUGAAAUGGGUAGCAAAGCGCACUACUACAGUGAAGGAAGACAAAGUGUUCUGCUUGCUUAGGAUCUUUGGCGUUUUCUUGCCACUUAUCUAUGGUGAAGGAGUGGAAUAUGCAACUUCGCGAUUGAAGGAUGAGAUACAGAAGCGCCAGCAGGGGCAAGGAAAGACGGAUCUGCAGGACAUUCCCAAGAGCCAGCUUCAGGCGAUCGAACAAAUCCUCUUCAUAUCUGAUACCCACCGGCGCAUAACUAUAUACGGACUAGGUAGCUGCGGUAAAUUAGUACUUGCGCUCGAGUUUACAUAUCGCGCACUAACAAGACAUCUCGUGAAGGAGGCAUUACGUCAAUUAGACGACUGGCUAAUAAUCGUGGACAACGCUGAUGAUCCCAGGUUAUUAUUCGACUCUAACAGCAAUGCACAGUCAGCCCGACUAGUUGACUACAUUCCAUAUAGUAAUACUGGUUCGGUCCUUUUCACCACUCGCAGUAGAAAGGUGGCCACCGAACUAACCCAGACCCACAUUCUUAAGCUAGAUAGCCUGGGCCAAAGUAAGGCUCAGCAGCUACUUGCGCGACAAAUAUUAAGACAAGCGCUACUAAAUGAUAGGGCGGUAGUCGAUGAAUUACUUAAGUCUCUUACUCCUGAGCUCUUUAGUGAGCGCUUCAAAGAUGCUAGCAGAUACUUAGGGAUGGAUAGCACGCAAAUCCAAAGGCAAGACCCUCUUAUAGCAGAGUAUCUUUCAUUCAUAUUAUGCGUUGAUCGUAUUAACAUUCCUCAGUCACUCUUACCACCAGCAACAUCUCAGUUACAGCAUAUAAACGCGCUUAGCACUAUAACAGGAUACGCAUUUCUUACUGAGCGUCAGGAGACUAUCCUAGGAGCUAAUAAAGAGAGAUUUUUUGAUAUGUAUCGGCUUGGAUAUAGUCAACGUAAAGCCUGGGUGGCGUAUCUGCCUCAUGCAUUGCACGUGGUAGGAAUAGAGGAUGCCUUGGAUGUUGCGACUAGUGCUAGGCUCUUAGAACGAAUAGGGCUAUGUCGAGAAAGCAAUGGGCAAUAUGCUCCAGCAGAACUAGCGCUCCAGAAAGCAUGGUCCUUAAGGAAGGGUUUGCUCGGGCGAGAGCAUCCCGACACGCUCACCAGUGUUAGUAACCUUGGGUCGGUUCUGUCGAGCCAGGGAAAGUACGAAGAGGCAGAGGCGAUGCAACGUCGGGCGCUAGAAGGAUAUGAGAAGGUGCUUGGGCGAGAGCAUCCUGACAUGCUCACCAGCGUCAGUAACCUUGGGUCGGUGCUGUCGGGCCAGGGAAAGUACGAAGAGGCAGAGGCAAUGCAACGUUGGGCGCUAGAAGGAUCGGAGAAGGUGCUUGGGCGAGAGCAUCCCGACAUGCUCACCAGCGUCAGUAACCUUGGGUCGGUGCUGUCGGGUCAGGGAAAGUACGAAGAGGCGGAGGCGAUGCAACGUCGAGCGCUGGAAGGAAGAGAGAAGGUGCUUGGGAGAAAGCAUCCAGAUACGCUCACCAGCGCCAGCCAGCUUGGGUCUCAUGUUACAGAAGCACCGAACAGUGACGACUAUGAGUGGCUGGUGGGCGACUUGGAGUGGAAGUUUUAA